AUGGCCCAGGUGCUGCAGAUGGAUUCCAACUUCCCAGGGAAGUCUAACCCCGCCCCCGGCCCCUCCUUCCUGGGCAAAGAGAACGUGCCGUAUUCAGUGGAGACCCCGUACGGCUACCGGCUGGACCUGGACUUCCUGAAGUACGUGAACGACAUCGAGAAGGGCAACACCGUCCGGCGGGCGCCGGCGCCACGGCGACCGCGAUUCGGAUUGCUGCUGCGCGCGCUGACAGCCGCCAGUCGUCCUACUCCUGCUGCGUGCCCGGUUACCACGGCGCCCGGCGUGAGCGCGGCGCGGGUGGAGAAGACGCUGCUGGACGCGCGGCGGAGGCUGGAGGAAGAGAGGGAGCGGGAGAGGGUGGGGCGCAAGCUCUCCAACCUGGGCAGCAUGCGAAACAGCGUGGCAGGAUCCAACACCUCGCUGUCCAGCGCGCACGGGCUGGCGCUCAGCCACGCCCAGGGGGCGGGGCCGGGCGGCGGCUCCUCGGGCCUGUCCACGCCCGUCUCGCCCAGCCCCGCCCACCUGCAUCACGUGCGCGAGCAGAUGGCGCUGGCCUUGCGGAAGAUCCGCGAGCUGGAGGAGCAGGUGAAGACCAUCCCCGUGCUGCAGGUGAAGAUCUCCGUUCUGCAGGAGGAGAAGCGGCAGCUCAGCGUCCAGCUCAAGAGCCACAAGUUCCUGGGACGAGGCUCCGCCCCUGACCAGCCCCGGAAGCUGGGGCAGCUUGAGCAGGACUGGAGAGCGAAGCUGGAAAGAGUGAUGGAGGAGAGGAGCGAGCACGAGCAGCGUGUGAAGAAGGAGAUCCAGGCUCUGCUCCUUAAGCUGUUCAAGACUGAGCGGCUGCACCAGACCCAGAUAAGUGACUAUGAGGUCAAGUACAGGGACUCACUAAAACUGGUGUCUGAGCUGCAGCGUCAAAUCGAGGAGCGUGAGGAUGCAGUUCUUCAGAACAAACAGGAAGAACAUGCAAAGGCAGCAAGCGAUGUCCUUGAGCCGAAGAGACGGAUGGCCAUGUCUCGGGAGAAAUAUCUGGAGCACCACAUGAAGAAGGCCUCCUAGAUUAUUAGAUGAUUGUUUGUGCUGUUUAGAGACCCUUAAGGAGGCAUUCACAUCCAUCUGGCCUCCUGUGGUUAAGACCACACCCACACCAUGGCAGGCAUAUGAACCCCACACCUGUACAACACAAUCAAAGCCUUUUACUGCUGAGAUGGUUUACGUUUCUGUUUAACAGACCAGAAAACUCUAUAGUAUAGUUAAUACAUUCACUACAUUUACCAAACUACUGAGAUCAGUCCAAUAAUUCUGUAUUUGUGACUCCUAUUAUAAGUAAAAAAUAUCUAAUAAUUUAACGCUUUUGGAGGUUCAUUGUACAUGGCAACAAAGCGAGUGAAAUUCAGUGUUUAUUAAAUGAGGAAAUGAGGUCCCAAGGAAAUACUGUUGGGAUGCUGUGUAAUUCUCAACUGAGCAUCAGUGCUGCCCUGCAGUGUCAGGAAGCACACACCCUGGUGGUUGGGAGGAGCAUUGCAGUGAUUGUCAGCCCAUUCUAAAAGUGAAACAAUGGUAUGUGAGAACAGUUACUGCUCACACAUGGACACAGAUGGGAAAGGAGAUGUUUAGCGACGUUUGUGCAACAUGGCUGUGAGCUUCAGGUGCUCAUUGGUCAGUGUCAUGGCGGACGUCACAUGUUAAGCAAUAAGAACAGGGCUGACCACACUCAGAUCACACAGCUCCUGCAGACGACUGACAGCAUGGAGGAGGAGAGGAACAGAGGAGGCUCCAGCAGCAUGAGAGAGAGACAUCAGAGAAGAUCCAGAGGGAAGUGGAAGAAGAGAAGAAAUAAGAAGAGAAAAAGAACAUAAUAAAGGAGGGUGGGAAGAGGCAGGAGCUCCAGGGAGUGACACAGAUGAGAAAAACAGCAGGAGGAUUGAGUGAUUUAAGCAUAAUGUCAGAGGAAAGGGAAUAUUCACACCGCAUUUAUUUCCAGAGCUGAACCUCUCCUGGUCGAAACCCCUGUUAUGACACUACUUGGGGGCCUGGAUGGAUGACCUCGAUCUUCUGCACCGCAUUUUAAUAAACAUGGGCUGUUAAUUUUUCCAGCUAAUUUAAUACCUCAGGCCAUAAUCUGUACAAACUCUAUGGUUAUUUGCUUUAACAGAUUCCUAUUUAGCCCGUAUUUUACUGUUGAUACCAGGCUCGUAUAAACCAUUUUAUCAUCACUGUUUCAGUCUUUUUACUUUACUUGCUGUGUAUUAGGAGGCUCAGUUACAAUCUUGCCCUUUUUAUGUUUGCUGUUUUGGCUGACUGUGAAACAUGGCCUCUGCUGACCUCCCAUGGUCACAGCAUCAGCAUUAAACCCCUGCAGGAUAUCUUUCUCCGGUAUAGAGACUUAAACAUUAAAACAAAGAGAGGUUGGUAUGAAGUUAUUGUCUAAGUUAAGUUUAUUAAUCAAUGUUGUUCAUUUGUUUAUUUAGUGGCCUCCACUUGCUCUCAUGCCUUUUGUUUCUGUCUUGUAGUAGGGUGUAGUCACAAGGCAAAAGUCACACAUUAACACAGACAGUGGUGGAAUGGUCACUGGCCACAGGUGAUUCUCUCACCUGCAGGGUCAGGUACUACAAACAUCUGAGCACCAGCAGACCUCCUACAUCUGUGAGGUUACACAACACCUUCACUUCCCCACAUACAUUAAUUCCCAAAGCUGUCACAACAAAAGAGAAUUUAGUUCUCACUUGACUGUUUGAUGAUUUUUAAAUUUUGAAAAUGGAUUAGGUGAGAACAUAGAUAAUUGGAUAUUGGGGCAACAGAGUGUGAAGUGAGAUUGGGGUAGUUGGAGCAACAAUCAUAUCCAUUAUGUCUGGCAAUGGUAGAUGCUGGCAGGGGCGU